GGGCGGCGGCGCGGCAGAGCGCGGGUCGGCGCGGCCCUGAGCGGAGCCUCCGCGCCGCGCUGCGCUCCCGCUGAGCGACUAUGGCCGGGGGAAGGCGAGGGCUGGUGGCGCCUCAGAACACGUUCCUGGAGAACAUCGUGCGAAGGUCUAACGAUACUAAUUUUGUCUUGGGUAAUGCCCAGAUUGUGGAUUGGCCCAUUGUGUACAGCAACGAUGGAUUUUGCAAGUUAUCAGGAUAUCACAGAGCAGAAGUUAUGCAAAAAAGCAGCACCUGCAGUUUUAUGUAUGGAGAGCUGACAGAUAAAGAUACAAUUGACAAGGUCCGGCAAACAUUUGAGAACUAUGAGAUGAACUCCUUUGAAAUCUUGAUGUACAAGAAGAACAGAACACCUGUCUGGUUCUUUGUGAAAAUUGCUCCAAUUCGAAAUGAGCAAGAUAAAGUGGUUUUAUUUCUUUGCACUUUCAAUGACAUAACGGCUUUCAAGCAGCCCAUUGAGGAUGAUUCAUGUAAAGGUUGGGGGAAGUUUGCCCGCUUGACCCGUGCCCUCACGAGCAGCCGAGGAGUGCUGCAGCAGCUUGCUCCCAGCGUGCAGAAAGGAGAGAAUGUUCACAAGCACUCAAGACUUGCUGAGGUAUUGCAGCUGGGUUCUGAAAUCCUCCCACAGUACAAACAAGAGGCACCAAAGACUCCACCGCAUAUAAUUUUGCAUUAUUGUGUAUUCAAGACUACCUGGGACUGGAUCAUCUUGAUUUUAACCUUCUACACUGCUAUUUUGGUCCCUUACAAUGUCUCCUUUAAAACUAAACAGAACAACGUGGCAUGGCUAGUAGUGGACAGCAUUGUAGAUGUCAUUUUUCUGGUUGACAUUGUGCUUAAUUUCCAUACCACCUUUGUGGGGCCGGCAGGAGAGGUGAUCUCUGACCCCAAGCUGAUUCGCAUGAAUUACUUGAAGACCUGGUUUGUGAUUGACCUGCUCUCCUGCCUGCCAUAUGAUGUCAUCAAUGCAUUUGAGAAUGUUGAUGAGGGCAUCAGCAGCCUCUUCAGCUCCCUCAAAGUGGUCAGGCUGCUGCGGCUGGGUCGUGUGGCUCGGAAGCUGGACCACUACAUCGAGUACGGGGCGGCGGUGCUGGUGCUGCUGGUGUGCGUGUUCGGGCUGGCGGCGCACUGGCUGGCCUGCAUCUGGUACAGCAUCGGCGACUACGAGGUCAUCGACGAGGACACCAACACCAUCCGCACCAAGAGCUGGCUCUACCAGCUGGGAGAGUCCAUAGGGACCCCCUACCGCUUCAACACCUCCGGCUUCGGGAAGUGGGAAGGCGGGCCGAGCAAAGAUUCCGUCUACAUCUCCUCGCUGUAUUUUACAAUGACCAGCCUCACCAGUGUGGGGUUUGGGAACAUCGCUCCCACGACGGACGGCGAGAAGAUCUUCGCUGUGGCUAUGAUGAUGAUUGGCUCCCUUCUGUAUGCCACCAUUUUUGGUAAUGUGACAACCAUAUUUCAGCAAAUGUAUGCUAACACAAACAGAUACCAUGAAAUGCUGAACAGUGUCCGGGACUUUUUAAAGCUCUACCAGGUCCCUAAAGGACUGAGUGAACGUGUGAUGGAUUACAUCGUUUCCACCUGGUCAAUGUCCAGAGGAAUAGAUACUGAAAAGGUUUUGCAGAUUUGCCCCAAGGACAUGAGAGCUGACAUCUGUGUGCAUCUGAACCGCAAGGUUUUCAAGGAGCACCCCGCCUUCAGGCUGGCCAGCGAUGGGUGCCUGCGGGCGCUGGCCAUGGAGUUCCAGACGGUGCACUGUGCUCCCGGAGACCUCAUCUACCACGCCGGGGAGAGCGUCGACAGCCUCUGCUUCGUGGUCUCGGGCUCUUUGGAAGUUAUCCAGGAUGAUGAAGUCGUUGCUAUAUUAGGCAAAGGAGACGUUUUUGGUGAUGUGUUCUGGAAGGAGUCGACUCUGGCCCAGUCCUGUGCUAAUGUAAGGGCUUUGACUUACUGUGAUCUUCAUGUGAUUAAAAGGGAUGCCUUGCAGAAGGUGCUGGAGUUCUACACAGCCUUUUCACACUCCUUCUCCAGAAAUCUCAUUUUGACCUACAACUUGAGAAAAAGGAUUGUGUUCCGAAAAAUCAGCGACGUCAAGCGGGAAGAAGAGGAGAGGAUGAAGAGGAAGAACGAAGCGCCUCUGAUCUUACCCCCGGACCACCCGGUCCGGCGGCUGUUCCAGAGGUUCAGGCAGCAGAAAGAAGCGCGGCUUGCAGCGGAGAGGGGCCGAGAUCCGGACGACCUGGACGUGGAAAAGGGCAGCGCUGUGGGGGAGCAAUCCUCGGCCCGCGCUGUGAUCAAGGCCAGCGUUGUGACCGUGCGGGAGAGCCCGGCCACCCCCGUGUCCUACCAGCCCGCCUCCACCUCCGGCGCCUCCGACCAGGCCAAGCUGCAGGCCCCGCCGUCGGAGCACGCCGCGUGUAAGGCAGCCGGGGACUUCCCCCGGCGGAAAGGCUGGGCCAAGUUCAAGGAAGCCUGCGGGAAAGGUGAAGACUGGAACAAGGUCUCUAAAGCAGAGUCCAUGGAGACUUUACCUGAGAGAACUAAAGCUUCAGGAGAAGCUACCCUGAAGAAGACAGACUCUUGUGACAGUGGCAUUACAAAAAGUGACUUGCGCUUGGAUAACGCUGGGGAGACGAGAAGCCCGCAGGACCACAGCCCGGUCCUCGCCGAGGUCAAGCAUUCCUUUUAUCCCAUCCCAGAACAGACUCUUCAGGCCACCAUGCUAGAAGUGAAACAUGAGUUGAAAGAGGACAUCAAGGCUUUAAACACAAAAAUGACCAAUAUAGAAAACCAGCUUGCUGAGAUACUUAGGAUAUUGACCUCAAGAAGAAGCUCUCAAUCACCACAGGAGCUGUUUGAAAUAUCAAGGCCCCAGUCUCCAGAAUCAGAAAAGGAUGUGUUUGGAGCUAGCUGAGGUGUUUCUUUUUAAAAACAAACAAACCAACAAACAAAGAAACCGCCCCCUAACACUUUACAUUUAAUCUUUCUUGAAAACAAGUGAGGGACCCGUUCACUAAGCAUGUUCCCUCUGUCUAAAAAGGUAUGGUAACAGGAAUUGCAACCUCAUGUCAAGAUGGCAGCUGACUUUGAAGCCUUUUUGACAGCAAGGGUACAGUUUCUAAAGUUUUUCUCUUCUCCCUUUGUCCUCAUUCCCUCUCAGCCCCCUUCUCUCCCUCGGGAUGUUGGAAUAAGAAUUCUGACAGCAGUAGCCAUCCCUGUGAGCCCCAGGUGAUCUCUGAGGUUUUUGGAGCAUGCCUUAUGUCCUUAGCUCAGAUUAUGCCUAUAUGAAUAAGCACUUGCCAGGGUGCUUAUAUUUUCAGUGUUUGGUGGGUUGUUUGUUUUUCUGUUUUGUUUUGUUGCUGCUGUCACUGUCUCUGUCACCUCUACAGCACAUUGGAUGUCACAGUAUAUUUUCAUAAAGCUGUAAUAAUGUAAGGAGCAGUAGAAGACAUGUAUUUUAUUGUGUGCUGAAGUUUCUUUUGGGUAGUCAAGGAAGGGCUAAUAAGAUGAAAAAAAAAUAUUGUACUUUUUAAUAUCAAACUGACAUAUUGCUAAAACAUUUACAUUUGGCAACAUCUUCCAAAAUAGCCACAGUAUUUCAGAUCUGUUAAUAAAUGGGAUAUUCCACAGUCAUUCACUGAAUCAAGGAUAUGUUUUUUUCAAACCUUUUAAUAUUUUUUCAAAAACUUCUUUUCUGUCUCAGAUGUCUUUCAGCAUUUGAUAUUUUGCUUUCAACUCCAGCUGCUGGAGGGUUGGGUGUGCAGUGUACCUGAGAGCAGCCCUCAGCACAACAUGUUUGAAACAUCACUAACAGCUCCUGCAGAUUUGCCUACUGAUGAAAAUAUACUGUGGCAUUUAUGUCCUGUUCUGCUAUGAAUCUGCUCUUUUAAUUCUUGUUAAAUUAUUAUUCAGAAGUUUCUGUUUUGAUAAUGUUCAUUGAAGCCAAAGGCUUUCACAGAAUUUUUAACAUUUUUAGAUGGUGGCAUUUUCCUCUAUAUCUAGAUGUAUUGUUCCUGAUCUAAUCUAGCUUGGAAGCAAAUGGAUAGUAGAGGCAGAAAUACAGUGCUUACUGUAUGCAAGUGCUAUUGUAGCAAGGAAACAAAGAGAUCUGCUUCUUAAAGAAGGAGAUGUUUCCAAAACUUAUAUUUUCAUAACUCUUUUCAGAGGAAGAUUGAAGCACUUUACCAAAACUAUUCUUCAUUAUUCAUAUAGGGUAGCAUACAUGGAAUCAUGACUUGUGUUCUCACCUGGGGAUACAGGUGUAUAUUCACAAUACAUUCACUCCACUGAUCUGGUAUGUUCACUCCUUAACAGUAGCUUAGAUCUCAGAAGUAUGGUACCAUACCACACUUUAAGGGGUUUUCAUUUUUAAUGGCAAUAGGUCUUAACGCUGUGUGUGUUAAGUCUCAUUCUUUUUCCUUGGUACUAAGUCACUUACAAAGAAACACAGGAUUUUGGGGGGAGAUUUUUGUUCAUGUUAAGUACAGAGGAGGCAAGGAACGCAAUCAAUUUUAAUGAUUUCUGCUGGCCCAAUGCUUGCACAGUGCAAUGCAGAACAGUGUCAGACAUCUCUGGGGAGUUGGGAUGUCCACUGAUGACUGGCACAGUGGUGAGGCUGUGCUGUGCAAAGCUCCCAGCUCAGGUCCUGCUGUCAAGAGCAUUUUUUUGUACCUGUUCCUGCAGUAGCCUCCCUUGCUCUCAAAGAUAACAAUUAUUCCAAGCGCAGCACCACCAUUUCUAAGUCCAGAGGCAGGUGGUUUAGGAUUGGCUUUCUUUGUCUUACUCCAUGGUUUGGUAUGGAGGUGCCCACAGACUGUCAAUUCAUACCCAAGGAUUGAAAUACUCCUGAGAAACAAAUCUCAGGUUCAAAUCUAUAGGUUACCUUCUUCCUUCCCACAAGAAAAGGCAGGCAGGGAGGUGAGUUGCUGUGAAACCAAGAAGCUACUUCCUUAACUUAUCUCUGGUUCCAUGUUUAGGUUUUUCCUGUGGUAUGUGGUGUCUUUUACAGUUGCUUACUGCAGACCUGCAGUGCUGAGGAAGGCACUCUCUGACCAAAGCCACGCUGUGUGUUUGGUGCUUUAAUCACUGUAAGUGGCAGCAGUUACCUGCAACAGCAAUGGCAUGGCUGCCACAGAAACCCAUCCAUCCACAGUUUCUGUGAGAAACUCAUCCAUCCAUGGUUUCUGUGAGAAACUUAGUCAUUAUUUUUUUUUUAUUUCUAGUCUUCUUAGACAACAACUACUCUCUAAGUAAACCCCAGGUGUACUGAUACACAAGGAUUUGUAAUUGAUUUCCAAAAACUCCAGCAAGUUUUUAGAGACUGCCUUGGAGUCAGUUUCCUGAUCCAGGCAAAUUCCUCACCAGCAUGAUAUUCAUGACACUUCAUAAAAUUUUUGAAAGGCUGAAAGUCUUAGCAAGUCCUUUGUGAAAGUGUCACCCAUUUACCUGCAGUCAGAUAAACAUGCACCUGAGCUUAUCGCAGGUGGACAAGGGAGGAAAUGUUUACAACCUCCCAAGUAUGUGCCUAGUAUCUCCAGAAUUGCAGUGCAAACCUAAAAGUAAAUGUGCAGUUGCAGAUUACCUGGCUCUUUGCUGCUGAUACUGAAUUGAUGUUUCUCAGUGAUAUUUUUGUGUGCCCUCAGGGAUAUGUUAAAAGGUUAUUCUGCUGUUGCUGAUUGCCCAGCCUGGAAUCCCAGCAGGACCAGCCCCAGAAGUCUCCUAAUUGUAAUAAUUACCCAGGCCUGUGAACAAAGGCAGACAAGUCCCCAUUUUCAGGAGAUGCUCCUUGCCUGAUGCUCAGAAUGAUACCAAACUCCUCCCCACCCUGCAUAACAGUGGUUGGGUGAACCCAGUCCUUUUCUAAGGCUUUUUAAAGGCUCUCACAAUGGCCUAUCAAGACAUUUAUUAUUUGUAAAGCCCUCAAAGAUUGUAACACACACCUGAAUUCUACUUAAAACUUAAUGUCUUUGAAGAUUAUGGCCAAAUUAAAAUUUGCUAUGGUCAUGAAAUGGCAGAGAAAAUCUGCUUGCUCCCUACAAUGACACCUUCAGGAGUCUGCUCCAGGUGAGCCCUGACACGAGUCAGUGUCAGUCAGACCUGUACAGCUGUAACAGAUUAAGCCCAUUAUUAUGAACUGUCAGGGACUAAGACUGGUUGUAAGAGAGUGCAUCAUCCCUCAGCAACCUGUAUUUGUUGUAAGAGAAUUUGAAAAAAAUACUGUCUAGGAUGAGUUUUGGUGUUUGGAUUCCCUGGACUACUGAGUAGUUAAAAAAUGAACAAAUCCAUGCCCACUCCUUUGAACCCUGGAUUUAUCUGGACCUGUGCUAUGGUGGUCAGGCUCUCCUGAUGCAGCACUUUUCCAUUAAAGGGUGGCUUGAAAGCCCCUGUGUUACAAACCUGUCUUUCUCCACUGAGCCUUACACUUAGACAGAUGCCUAUGGCUGGAUGGCAUGUGGACCCAUCAUAACUGUUAAUAGUUCUUUGCUUUUAUUUGUCAGCUUUUCCUUUUUCUCUUGUUCCUCUCUACAUGUUGGUUAAGGCUUUUCACUUAAAUUAUUUCUCGGCUUAGAACUGAAGGAUCUCUGAAAAUAAGACUCUGCCACUUCACAAGUUAUACUAUAUAGAUAGUAUAAAGAAAAAAACCCAAACAAAAACCAAAGCCUCAAUUUUAACUGUUCUGGCAUAGUGCUUCUGCCAUUUAACAACCUGCUAAAUGACCUGCAUCAUUCUAAAAGAGAUUAUGUAUUCCAUUUUGACUAUAUGGUGUAAUUAAAUUUCAGCCAAAAGAAGGCAGUUGAGAGAAGGAUCUUGUAUUAUGACGUGGUCAAAUGGGAACUUCUGAAAGUUCAUGUUUAAAUGGUUACAAAGAAUAUGAAUAUGCAGCA